UUUCUUAUGUCUCCGUUGCGUCUACGUCUACGCUACGUCAAACUAUAAAUCCAACUUAAAGGCUUCAUGUGGAUAUUGAAUUCGAUUGAAUUAAAGAAAUGAACAAAUCAUCGCGGCUGACAACUGACACGUGACACUGACAUAAGGACGAUUGACCCGAUUGACGUUUCUAGACGUAGUAUAUUUUGUAAAUAUUUUUAAAAACCAUUUAUCAAAUAUUAAAAAAAUAUCUCCUGAAUGAAAUAUUAAAUAUUUAUCGUGACUAUUGCAUUAUAAUAAUGGUAUACAUUCAUUUUCCUGCAAACUUUACAGAGGAAGAAUUAAUGUUACAGGCGAAAUACCAAAAAUUAAAGAAAAAGAAAAAGGCCAUACAAGCCCUGAAGGCACCAAAACCAGAGCCUGAAAAACCCAUAAUACCUAAAAGGCCUGCUGAAGCCAGAGAUGCCAGAGAGGUAGCAAAGAAGUUAAUAAAAUCAGGUGUUAUACCAGCUAUUUCUAAACAGCAGAAACAACCUGAGCAAGGUUUUAAGCGUCCAAGAGGUCUAGAACGGAAACUGAUUUCAGAUAAAACUGUGAGUGGAUAUCAACCAUUUUCAGCUGUACAAAUGGAGGAUGGGCCAGAUAAUCCUCAAAAUACACCACCUAGAAUCAAAAACCUAUAUGAUACAUUCGCCAAUGCAAGAGAUAGGGAAGAAAGGGGGCUUACCGAAAAACAACAACAACAAGUGAAAACGGAUAAACCCAGGCAGGGCAAUACUAUCUACGUAGCUGGUUACAAAAUUACUGAAGAAUUUUUGAAGAAACAUUUUACAACUAUGGGAAAUAUUAUUAAUAUAUCAAUGGAAAUUGAAAAGAAUCGAGGUUUUAUAACUUUUGAUAAAACUGAUGCUGCAGAAAGGGCAAUAUCUGAGAUGGAUGGAAGUAUGGUAUCUGGAAUCCCUCUAAAAGUAUCAUUAGCUAGAAGACAACCUCAAAUUGAACCCAUAAAUGAUGCAACCUCGUCAGCUGCAUGGGCUACUCUUGCUUCUAGUCAUUCUCAGAAAGGCAACCAUAGAGAUAAGAGAAACUUGGUAUCCUAUGACGAUAUGUUUGACUGAAUGGAUAUUACUUAAUGGUUUUAUGUAUGAUUAUGGGUCUUGACUAUUUAAGGUAUUUAGUCAGUUGAUAACUUCCCUAUGGGAAGAGAUUAUUUUGAAUACUAUAUUCUCUGUAGUAUAUUUCAUUAAAUAUAAGUUUUAUUACUA